CCAAACACUGCAAGUCUGCAACCCCUCCUCUUUCUCCACCACCCCUCCCUUUGCUUCCCCUUUACUCCCUCCCUCUCCGAGUCUCACUUCAUGUGCGCAGGUGCGCGCCGUGCUCGACUUUCCGGCUUCUCCUCUCUCGCCAGGAAACAAAGGCCGUGCUCGACUUUCCGCAUUCCGGCGUCACUGCGCGCAAGCAAUAGCAGUAGGCCCCUUCUCCUGUUCUAACUGAGGGGUCGAGGACAAAGCUCCUCAUUGAGUUCUCCUUCAGUGGGGUUUGAUGCGAGGUGCUGCCAAGGUCAUUUCCUCUUGCUGUGCUCCGCCUCUCGUUCAGAUAAAGCGGUCGGGAUAAGUUUGUAAAUUGCUUGUCAAAUCAGGACAAGAUUCUGAAUUAGGGGAACCUACCGCAUAGUUUGCUCAUCAGACAGGCCGAAGGACAAUGUCAUCGCCUAACAAUUCUGUCAGCGCGGCACUGUCAGAAACGACCCCCGUGUUUCAGUUGAGAGUAUGGCAACUGAUUGCCAUUGCUGUCGGGAUAGUCAUGGCGAUCCUGCUCGUCAUUGCGCUUUGCCUUUCGCUCCAGAGGAAAAAGAAGACAGUGAAAGGGUUUGACAACAGUUCGCUGGCUGAGAUCCCUAUCGUUUCUAAGGAAAUCAAUGUUGACAGAGUUGGUGCUCAGAGUCUACAUGACAGUGAAGCGCCCUUCAUGCCAGUGCGGGAUAAGUAUACGCAGACCAAAGGUGCAGGGCAGUUGGGAGAGAGUAGAUCCGUCGACGCCGAUACCUUCAGCCAGUUCAGCUCAGUGUACAACGUAGAGAAGGGUGGGAGCUCAUACUCUGAAGAUUACAGUCACAGCAGCUCUGGUCCAGCUAGGAAAGGUAGCUCACCAUAUGCAUAUUCAGCAUCACCGCUGGUUGGCCUGCCUGAGUUAUCACAUCUAGGCUGGGGCCACUGGUUUACCUUGAGGGACCUGGAGUGUGCAACGAAUCGGUUUGCAAAGAGUAAUGUUCUUGGGGAGGGUGGCUAUGGAGUUGUCUACAAGGGUCGUCUGGUAAAUGGGACCGAGAUUGCCGUGAAGAAGAUCCUUAAUAAUCUGGGGCAGGCAGAGAAGGAAUUUAGAGUUGAAGUUGAAGCCAUCGGCCAUGUUCGGCAUAAGAAUCUGGUCCGCCUUCUGGGAUACUGCGUGGAAGGGAUACAUAGGAUGCUUGUCUAUGAAUAUGUCAAUAAUGGCAACCUAGAACAAUGGCUUCAUGGCAUGAAUCAACACGGUGUCCUUAGUUGGGAAAAUCGUAUGAAAAUUCUCCUUGGCACUGCAAAAGCUCUCGCGUACCUUCAUGAGGCCAUAGAUCCCAAAGUUGUACACAGAGAUAUCAAGUCAAGUAAUAUCUUAAUUGACGAUGAAUUCAACAGCAAGGUUUCUGAUUUUGGGUUGGCUAAACUUCUGAAUUCUGACAAAAGUCAUAUCAAUACAAGAGUGAUGGGAACAUAUGGGUAUGUAGCACCUGAAUAUGCAAACAGUGGGAUGCUAAAUGAAAAGAGUGAUAUUUACAGUUUCGGAGUGGUGCUGUUAGAAUGUGCGACCGCUAGGGAUCCAGUCGAUUACUCUAAGCCUGCAGAUGAGGUGAAUCUCAUAGAGUGGCUUAAAAUGAUGGUCACCAGUAAGAGGGCAGAGGAGGUAGUGGAUCCAAACCUCAAUGUUAAGCCACCAAAACGUGCCCUCAAGCGGACAAUCCUGGUUGGUUUCAAGUGUGUCGAUCCUGACGCUGACAAGAGGCCAAAGAUGAGUCACGUUGUCCAGAUGCUUGAAGCAGUUCAGAAUGCAUAUCAUGAAGAUCAAAGCAAGCUCAGCCAGGUGGGAUCACAGCAGUCGCUAGAGGAGACCUCAAACAGCGCUGAUGCCUGAACCUCCUAUUCUGAACAAGCACAUCAAAUAGGACCCUGAAUCAUCUGAUAGCAACAUUGAUUUGAUCAUUGCUCGGCACUUAAUAGAGUGAGCGGUGAUCGGAUUUACAGUUUGGGUUUGCAUAUACUGGAGGUGGUGGUUAAAUCAAUUAGUAGCAAGUUGUUUCUAAAAGGUUCAUGUCUUUUACCCUUAGGAUAUGUAUAGUUUUCCUGUAGGGGAGCAUAGAAGCACCUUCAUCUUUAUUUGUUGUUCGAGUUACAAGGAGGGACUAACCUCAGGCAUAUAACUACAGUCACUGGAUUUCGUUACCCAUGUGUAGUGACUUUUUGGAAAGUCGUUAUUACCCUGAGAUAUGAAAACAUGAAUUCCUGCAACGAA